AUGGCGUCCCCCUCUCUCUUCUCUCUCCUCUCCCUCACUCUACUCUCCGCCGCCCUCGCCUCUACCGAGAGCUUCAUCGACGCCGUCUCCGACGAUCCCCUGAUCCAGCAGGUCGUCUCCGACGGCGCUGAGGCGGUCGACGAGCUGCUGCACGCCGACCGCCACUUCUCGCUGUUCAAGGCCAGGUACGGGAAGUCGUACGCCUCACAGGAGGAGCACGACCACCGGUUCUCGGUGUUCAAAGCCAAUCUGCGCCGCGCGAGGCGGCACCAGCUGCUCGAUCCCUCGGCAGUCCACGGCGUCACCAAGUUCUCGGAUCUGACCCCCGACGAGUUCGAGAGGAGCUACCUGGGGCUCCACAAGAGGCGCCUGAAGCUUCCGGCGGACGCGAACAAGGCACCGACCCUGCCGACCAAAGAUCUCCCGGAGGACUUUGACUGGAGAGAUCACGGAGCCGUUACCGGCGUUAAAGAUCAGGGGUCUUGUGGCUCUUGCUGGUCUUUCAGUACAACUGGGGCACUCGAAGGAGCUCACUAUCUGGCCACUGGAGAGCUUGUGAGCCUCAGUGAGCAGCAGCUUGUGGACUGUGAUCAUGAGUGUGAUCCGGAGGAAUAUGGUGCGUGUGAUGCAGGUUGUGAUGGUGGACUCAUGAACAAUGCCUUUGAAUACACCCUAAAGGCCGGCGGACUCCAAAAAGAGAAAGAUUAUCCAUACACAGGGACUAACGGCGCCUGCAAAUUUGACAAGACCAAAAUUGCUGCUUCAGUAUCAAACUUCAGCGUUGUUUCCCUUGACGAUGAGCAAAUUGCUGCCAAUCUGGUUAAGUAUGGCCCUCUUGCAGUGGGAAUAAAUGCAGCUUGGAUGCAAACAUACGUCGGGGGAGUGUCGUGUCCUUACAUAUGCGGGAAACAUUUGGAUCACGGUGUGCUCCUUGUGGGAUAUGGUGCAGGGGGCUUUGCUCCCAUUCGUCUCAAGGAAAAACCUUACUGGAUCGUAAAGAACUCCUGGGGUGAAAACUGGGGAGAAAGUGGGUAUUAUAAGAUUUGCAAGGGCCGUAAUGUUUGCGGGGUGGAGUCGAUGGUCUCGGCUGUGAAUGCAGCUCAUAUAACUUCUCAAUGCCCAGUUGUGGCUCCAUAG